AUGCCGGUUUUCAAAACUCCGUUUAACGGUUACUCCGUAAGAUUCAGCCCCUUUCACGAAAGCCAACUUGCUGUCGCCACCGCGCAGAAUUUUGGCAUCCUUGGUAACGGUAGAGUUCACAUUCUUCAGGUCAAUCCAAACGGACCCAUAUCGGAACUAGCCGCUUUUGACACUGCUGAUGGAAUCUACGACGUUUGCUGGUCGGAAGCUCACGAUUCCCUAGUAAUUGCCGCAAGCGGCGAUGGUUCUGUCAAACUCUACGACCUUUCUUUGCCACCCACCAAUAACCCUAUUCGUUCUUUUAAGGAACAUACUCGGGAAGUUCACUCUGUAGACUAUAAUAUGGUGAGAAAAGAUUCCUUCUUAUCAGCUUCUUGGGAUGAUACUGUCAAGCUAUGGACGGUGGAUAGAAAUGCAAGUGUAAGGACCUUUAAGGAGCAUGCUUAUUGUGUGUAUUCCGCUGCUUGGAAUCCAAGACACGCUGAUAUCUUUGCAUCUGCUUCUGGGGAUUGUACUACUCGUAUCUGGGAUGUCCGCGAACCAGGUUCUACCAUGAUUCUGCCUGCACACGAGUUUGAAAUCCUUACAUGUGAUUGGAAUAAGUAUGAUGAUUGUAUCAUUGCAACCGCAUCAGUUGAUAAGUCAAUUAAGGUUUGGGAUGUUAGGAAUUAUAGAGUGCCAAUAGCAGUGCUUAAUGGGCAUGGAUAUGCUGUGAGGAAAGUGAGGUUUUCACCUCAUAGAGCGAGUGCUAUGGUUUCUUGUUCAUAUGACAUGACAGUUUGCAUGUGGGAUUACAUGGUGGAAGAUGCACUUAUUGGGAGGUAUGAUCAUCACACAGAGUUUGCUGUAGGAGUUGAUAUGAGCGUUCUCGUUGAAGGUCUAUUGGCUAGUACAGGAUGGGAUGAACUUGUUUAUGUUUGGCAACAUGGAAUGGACCCUAGAGCUGCUUGA